AUGUACAAUAGAUCUCUUGCAAAUGAAUUUUUAUUUAAUAGAAGAACGGAGGAUCUGACUAGUCGUGACACGGACGACGAUAAAUAUUCUUUGUUGACCGGAACCAGCACAUCUCUUCAGGAUAGCACCGGAAGUACAAUUACAGGCUCUAUUAGAGCCAACUACGAACGCAAUUUCGAAGAUCGUAUCUUGUAUGGACAAAGUGGUGCUCGCAGAUUUAGUUAUAAAAAAAGAAAGACUUGCAGCGGAAAUGGAAUAUUUAGUGCUCCUCCCGGCGUCAGUCCCCAUCAUGUUAAAUCAUCUAUUAUCCGUCGCAACACAAAUGGAUCCCGAUUAAUUUUUGUGUGGCCACAAAAACCGCCAAGAAGUAGAUUAUUAAGAAUAUUAGCUCCUCUUAUGCAUGGAAUCCUCAUUGGAUUUCUGUUUAUGGAUGCUGUUCAUCUUUGGCCAGGAGAAUUUUUACCUACGUCGUUGCCUUCCAUAAUACCCGUCCCUUUACCACCCGUAAAAUGUAACGUAAUUGAACCACGAUGGUUCGACAAUAGUUAAAUGUCAUGAUCUUUCCUUUGAUACUGAAGUCGCGUAGGUUAAAUUCGCUUUCGACUGAAACGUUAAAAAAUUUAUGAGAAA